AUGACGCCCGCGGAGUCGGAGCGACCGUCCACGGACGCGUCCGAGGUCGAGCGCGAACUCCGCGCGUUCACCGCGUACGAGGCCGUCGCGCGGUCGAUCGACGCGACGUCCAGCGUGCGCGACCUCCUGACCGUGAGCACGUCCUCCGCGCUCCUCGUGACGCUGCUGAAGCACUACGCCGCGCGAUGCCUCGCGCCGGACGCGCUCGCGCGCGCGGACGAGUUCGACCCGGGGGACAAGGAGCACGGGAGCUUCCUGUGGACGACGCUCGGGGCGCUGACGAACCUCCUGAACGGGCCGGAGUUUGACUUCGACGACGGUGCGCGCGCGAUCGCGCGAUCCCCGAUCCCCCCGCGAUCGAUCCUUCCCGCCGGUUCGCGCGCGAAAGAAGCAGAUUCGGUCGAUCCCCGCGGUCCCGUCCCGAAACCGCCGUCCCCGGUUCCCGCCGAAUCCGCCGCGGUCGCUCACCUCGUCCAUCCCCACCCCCGCACCCUCCUCACCCCGACCGACCCCGCAGACGGCCGCGUGCACGGCCACGCGCACGAGCCCGCGCUCGCGUGCGCGCAGAUCACGCUCCAGAACGGCUUCUACCGAGGCGUCCUCGCGCCGUUGCUUCGCCGCGCGUUGACGCAGUCGGAUCCGUGCGACGGCGUCCUCGACGCGCUCUUCUCUCUCCUCAACGCGCUGCUGUUCCAGAGCUGCGCCGCGAGCUCGGUCCUCGUGAGAAGCCACCAGACCGCGUCCACGAACCUGACGCGGUCCACCGCGGCGGAGUGCGUCGCCUGCGGCGUAGUGGACGCGCUCCUCGACGCGGCGGCGCGAGAGAAAAACCUACACGCGGCGCCGCGCGUCGCGCUGCACGCGUUGCGGACGCUCGCCGGCUACGCCGGCGGGCACGUCGUCGACGCGUCCGAUCCCGCGGUGGAGGAUGAGGACGAGGGGGACGAGGGUGACGAGGACGUCGCCGAUGUCGCCGACGUCGACGCGACGACGUGCGAUCGCGUCCGGACGGGCGCGACGGCGUCGACGCGGGCGAGGGCGCGGGGGGCCGCGCGGGACGAGGACGAUUUCGGCGGCGGCGACAACGCGCGCGCGCUCGCGGAGAAGGGCGCGUUCGGGGUUCUCGAGAGGCUGAUCGGACGGUUCGCGGCGAGCGGCGCGCGCGGUUGGACGCCGCCCGCGGCGAGCGGCGGGCGCGCGGCGACGAUCGCGGAGGACGAGGACGCGUUAGACGCGUUCGCGUCCCCGCGGAAGCGCUCGCGGCGGGGCGGCGGCGGCGGCGACGCGGCGACGGCGACGGCGGCGGCGGCGGCGGCGGCGACCGGGGAAUACUCGGCGAACGCGCGCGACGUCGCCCGCGAAGAUGCGAGCGGCGCGUGUGGCGCCGCGGGCGCAGACGCGAGCGACGGCGAGCGCGUCGUGAACGCGGAGGCGUCGUACCGGCACCCCGGCGAGGAGCUUCUCUCCGCGGCGCUAAAGCUUUUGAAGCGGAUGUUGAAACGCGUCGCCGCGCGGACGAUGGUUCGGUGCGCGUCGAAAGCGACGUUAGUCGCGCUCGUGGACUCCGUCUCCGUCAUCGCGCUGAACGUCAAGGUCGCGCCUGAACCUCGGUCCCAAGCACGCGCCUGCUACCUCGAGUUCACGGAGGAGCACCAGAGGAAGGCGAUCAAGGUGUUAGACCACCUCGGGUCGAUUCUGAAGAAUUUCACGGAAGACGAAGGAGGGACGUUUUACCCGGCGGUGCGCUUGAAAAUCAACGAGGCCAUCUUGACGGGCAUCGACUCGUAUCUCGACAUCACGUUGAUCUCAGAGAUGGAUGGAAAAGUCAGAGGCAGCCAACAACGACUCUAUGACCAUGAUCACGCGGAGAUGAGAUACUUCAGGAGGGAGCAGUACGACGAGAGACUCACCGCGGACGUCGUCGGGCGCUGGCUUCGUCUCGCGGCGAAGCACGCGCUGAGCUUGACCAAACCCGUCGACGAGAACGGCGAGAAAUCGUGGGAGCGUCGCGAAGUGGAUCCGCGAAUGAAAACCCACAACAUAUACGCCGUAAGAGCUUGGCGCUCGUACGGGCAGCUCGGGCGGCUCAAGGGAAAUCCGUUGCGCGACUGCGAGGACGACCGCUCUCGUCUCUGGAUGGAAGAAACGAUCUCGUCGUGGUCGGAAACCGAUCCUGAUGAUCGAUAUGUGAAGUGCGUAGACGAAGCGAUGCAUCGUUUGACCCGCCUCGCGAUCCACAGAGGCGUGCAGAGAUGCGCCGUGGAGCAUUGGCGAGUCAUGUGCUGUCAAGCCGCGGCAGAUCUUCUCGACGCGUUCGACGCCGGCGCGUUUGACGGGGGGCAUGCCCCUCUCUGCGGAGGUUUCAGCUCCUACGCGGUUACUGUAUUUCGAGGCUCGAACGGCAUCGAAUCGGCGCGAGACUCCGUCAUGGACGUGCUGAAAGAACUCGCGGCGCGCGUCUUCGAGCGCCCGACGGAGCCCGUGGUAUCCUGCGGCGGCAACGGGCGACUCUCCGCGGUGCACCUCGUCAACGUGAUGACGAGAACGUACGGCAAAGAGUUUUACCGUCCGUUUUAUCAUGAUACGUCCGAGUCGCAGUCCGAGAAGCCGACGCGCCUCGGCGAGCUCGUCGCCCCCGAGAGCAUCGCGUGGGUCGCCGACGUCCUCGAUCUCGUCGACGACGCCGCGCGCGUGAACGCCCGAGCGUCGUCACCGUCGCGAAAGACGCGGAGAGCUCCGGCGUGGCUCGCGCGCGCGCGCGGCGACGCGGCCGCGACGCGGCGCCUCGCCGAGUCGGCGUCGCUCGCGCUCGCCGCGCUCGCGGCGUUCAUCACGCGCCUCCCGGCGGGUCCGGCUCGGCGAAGCGCAGACGAGCGCGACGACGAUCUGUCGCGGCUGCGCCGCGCGAACCUCGCGCGCGCGUUCGCGACCGCGGAGCGAAUGAAGCUGUGCCCGCGGGAGUCCGAGAACGCGUGCUUCGCGGAGGAGAGCGUCCCGCCGUUCCCGCCGUCACCGACGAUCGAUCUGUUUCGACGCGCGAGGGAGGCGAUCGAGGACGCGCACGCGAGGGCAACGGCGGCGAAGACGGCGGAAGGGCGCGUCGUCGCGGUCGCGACGCCGGCGGCGGCGAUGCGCGAGAAGGCGCCCGCGGCGAGCGCGGGCGCGGGGCGCGCGGUGGCGGACGUCGUCACCCCCGCCCCCGCGGCGUCGAGAACGACGCGGCGGCGAACGAGGAGUUGA